CCUUUGUUAUAAGGGUCUGACUCAAGGCACCCUUUAAAAUUAUGGAUAGCCUUGAGGCACCCUUUAAAAUUAUGGACAGCCUUGAGGCACCCUUUAAAAUUAUGGACAAUGAGGCACCCAUUGUGGACAACCCGAGGCACCCUUUAAAAUUGUGGACAGCCUUGAGGCACCCUUUAAAAUUGUGGACAGCCUCGAGGCACCCUUUAAAAUAUGGGCAUGGACUUUAAAAUUAGUCCUCGAGGCACCCUUUAAAAUUAUGCCUGGCAACCCUUUAAAAUUACAGCAUCCUUGAGGCACCCUUUAAAAUUGAUGGACAGCCUUGAGGCACCCUUUAAAAUUAUGGACAGCCUUGAGGCACCCUUUAAAAUUAUGGACAGCCUUGAGGCACCCUUUAAAAUUAUGG